GUUUGUGUGCCUAAAGUAAUGACUCUGACAUUUUGCAAGGACGUGGUCAGAGUAUGAAGCAGAAGUAACAUGUCUGGCAAGAUGCAUGGAUAAAAUUUAUGCAGAAGUAUUUUACUACAACUGGUAUGCGUAUAUUAUAUAACCUGUGUUGUUUCAGUCUGGUGGGUAUUGGUGCAAUUGUGACAACAGCAUUUGCUUGUAUCUUCAUCUUUGCACAGAUUGUCUUGGAUGGAUCACAUUUAAUUGAACCUGUGAAACAUGAUCCCCAUGGUUUUAGAAGUUUCUUUCUUGCCUUUGGAACCAUCCUAUUUGCAUUUGGUGGAGCAUCUACAUUUCCAACCAUUCAAAAUGAUAUGGUACAGAAGAACAAAUUCUCCGUUAGUGUUGUUAUUGGCUUCUCAGUUAUACUGAUUUUAUCCCUGCCAGUGGCUGCUGCUGGCUACUUUGUCUACGGCGAAGCAGUAAAUUCGAACAUUGUGCUGUCAGUGAAAAACACAAGUUUGGUGAUGGCAGCAAACAUGCUUUUAGCUAUGCAUUUGGUCUUGGCAUUUAUUAUAAUCAUUAAUCCAGUGUGUCAAGAACUAGAAGAGAUUUUUGAAGUCCCGCAUAAAUUCCAUUGGAAACGAUGCUUAGUUCGGACAGGAAUGGUGUGUGUAAUGGUAUUAGUUGGUGAAAGCAUUCCAGAAUUUGGGAAAAUAUUAUCGUUAGUUGGCGGUUCUACUAUCACUCUUCUUACAUUUGUGUUUCCAUCUUUCUUUUAUAUGAGAUUAUGUGACCAGGAAAAGCAGCAGAAUUGGCCUGACAGGAACAUACCGGCAUACAUCCGGGUCUACCUGUGGGAACUAAUACUUAUAGGUUUUGUUGGUGGCUCAGCAUCCACAUACAGUGCAAUUCUGGAGAUAUUUGGAGAAUAUUCAGUGACAAAACCAUGUUUCUUUAAUUGAUUUUUAUUCAUUCAUAGUUAUUAUUGAUUAAUUUAAAACAAUCUGUUAUGUGUAAUGAGAACAUACAGUGUGCUGGUAUAACUUACUUUGAUAAUGGCAUAUAACUUCCUGUCUUUGCAGUGUAGUAUUUUUUUGUCAAAGUGACUCCAUUUGUCAUGUACUCAAAUAACAAUUCUUCAACUUAAAAAAAGUAGCAUUAUGAGCUUUCAGAAGGUCAUGAAUCCUAUUAAUAAACCAGUAUGCCCUAAUAUUAUUGUAUGUUUGUACAUCAUAGUUGAAAAAGGCAGUAACGCACCUUCCAUAAUUUGAAUUCACUGAUUAAUCACUGAUAGUUUUAUUCAACAUGUGUUAUGUUUUAUUUUCAUAUACCUGCACACUAACAGGGCAAGGAUUUAUAUGAAGAUGAGCUGAAUGUGGAGUUUGAUGCUGGUCUACUGGGUUGCUGUGUGGAUUUCUAGAUAGACACCAACAUUUUGGAGGAACAUACUGCCUCCAUCUUCAAGUCAGAAGAUGGCAGUAUGUUCCUGAGAGACAAAUGUACCCACCUACAAAUCCAAGCAGUGUUAUAAUUCCCUUUAAUGGUAUGAUUGUAAUUUUGCAUAAAUGUUGGGUUUAAAGGAGAUCUUUUAGUUAAGUGCCAUACCUACAUUAGGAAAUAAACUGAACUUGAGUUUCUGACUGCACCAA